AGACACUGCCAGUUACCACCAGCGUUGAAGUUGGAUCCACUCGAAUAGUCUGAUGUGCUUCGCGGUAAUUAUAGCGACCCGGUUUGUCUGAGAAACUCGUAACUGAUUUCCACGACAAGCCAUGAUAUCUUUCGCCUUGCGCUUUACCUUUAGCUUCAAGACACAAAAUAGCCUGACUCCACAGAGUUCUCCUAUGGCUAGAAUUUCGAGUCUGUUUCAAGGACAGAGGAGAACAGUAAGUAUUUAGUUCUUUAGAUUAAGCGCGAUCGGUUCACUGGCAGAUAGAGCGCCGAGAAGAAAACUGACCUUGACGUCGAACUGUCAACUUGCGCAACCGAUAUUUGGAUAUGCAUAAAAAAAGCUCCACUCCUGCUUGACACAUUUGGACAUGGGUUCUGGAUUCACGCAUGACAGCUAUCACAAGGACCCUACCCAAAUCAAAUAGUCAAUAGAAGCACGUAGCUCCGGUAAGCAGCGUUCGAAAGGUUUUAGCUUUUAACUACCUUGUACCUUCGUCAACAUCCUGCCUGCGGGCUAAUCGCAUUGGUUCAUAUUUUCUUAGCAUGUGCGGUUGCAGCUGCAUAAUAGAUGGACAUGACAGUCGUGUACGCAGUCAUGACGAAUCUGCGGUCAUUCAGCGGUCGAUGUAAAUGAAAGAUCGCCGACAAGGUGCGCAUAGUGCCCUCGAACGUCACUUUUCUGACUUGCUUCUCUCUAUUUUUUUCAAAGUUAUCCACGAUGAGGCCAUGCCCUGAGGCCUGAACGCGUCACUUUCAGGUCGUCAUUCCCCAGCCCGCCAACCGAAACUGUAUAAAUACUGCCAGCAUUCCCUGGUAGUCUUCAUAUCCAAGCUACUCUCACUUUUAGUGCUCUCCUCAACAACUCGACUGAACAACUCAACUCAACAACUCAACUCAGAAUGUCCCGCACAUCCAUCUCUAUGCUCUUUGUUUUCUUCGCCUUCGCCCUUCUUGCGGUCGCCACACCUACUGGCAACCAGCUUGCAAGACGUUGGGGCGAACCCACCACCACGCCCCCGGUUACCACCACGGUCACAGUCACCGCCCCGUCGUCGACGACUACUGAAUCCGCCGGUCAAUGCAACACAGGUCCUAUCCAGUGCUGCAACUCCGUCCAGAGCGCCUCAUCUGCGAGCAGUGCUGCUCUCCUUGGGCUUUUAGGCAUUGUCCUCUCCGAUUUGAAGGUCUUGCUCGGUCUUGACUGCUCCCCCAUCACAAUCAUUGGUGGUGUUGCUGGUGGAUGCUCUGCUAGCCCCGUCUGCUGCCAGAACAACAGCUUCGGCUCUUUGAUCUCCAUCGGUUGCAUUCCUAUCACUCUCUGAGCAUCAUGGAGGGCGACGCGCCAAAUAUGUUUUCAGACCUCCAGUGAAUGCAUGGACAAUUGUUAUCUGGCUUCAUACUCGAAUCGUGUACCUGAUAUAAGUCGAUUACUGGAUAUAUGUUUCUGAAAUUAUGAUUUUGUUUC